AUGAAGCAGGUAGAGGCGCCGGCAGGCGGUGCGGGGCGGGGGGCGGCGGCGCGGCUCCCCCGGCCCUCCCCGCUGACGGGCUCCCCGCCGCAGGCGCUGGUCGACGACACCGAGGAUGUGUCCCUCGACUUCGGGAGCGAGGAGGAGCUGGCGCUGCGCAAAGCCAAGAUCAGGCACCCACUGGCCACCUUUUUCCACCUGUUUUUCCGAGUGAGUGCCAUUGUCACCUACUUGUUGUGUGACUGGUUCAGCAACAGCUUCGUUGCCUGUUUUGUCACUAUUCUCCUCCUUCUAUCUUUUGACUUUUGGUCAGUUAAGAACGUGACAGGAAGACUCUUGGUUGGUUUACGUUGGUGGAACCAGAUUGAUGAAGAUGGAAAAAGCCACUGGGUGUUUGAAGCAAAAAGGGUGCCUACAGUAGCUGCCUCAACUGAAGCUGAAGCUCGAAUCUUUUGGCUUGGUCUCAUUAUCUGUCCAGUUAUUUGGACCAUGUUUUUCUUUAGCACUUUGUUCUCCUUGAAGCUGAAAUGGCUGGCUCUUGUGAUAGCUGGGAUCUCCCUUCAGACUGCUAAUUUAUAUGGCUACAUCCACUGCAAAUUAGGGGGACAAAAAAGCAUCAGCAGAGUAACCUCGAGGUUUUUUGUCACAGCAGAUGUUCCCAAGAGACAGACGAGGAGAAUGUCAGGAGACCGCACUGAGGAAUAUGGGAAGACAGGCACUAGAUAAUCAAAUAAGGAAGAACAAGGAGGAUGGAUAGUAAAAACACUCAUUUGUGAAAGCUGUUCUUCAUCGGAAAGUAUUUAAGUAAAAGCUCUUCUAGAAUUAUACACCUGCAUGAAAUCA